AUGGUCAUAUAUUUUACUUAUGGGCUGCUGUUUGCAUACUUCGCUUUGCCUGGAAUCUUGCUCGGGGAUUUGGCUUUCCGAUGCCCAAGUUGUACCGCGGAGCGUCUCGCUGCGUGUCCCAAAGUCACACCGUUAUGUCCAGAAAUAGUGAGGGAGCUGGGCUGCGGCUGCUGUCCCGUGUGCGCCAGGCAGGAGGGGGAGCUUUGCGGGGUCUACACGCCGAGGUGCUCCCGAGGCCUGAGGUGCUACCCCAGCACGGAGGCCGACUUUCCUUUGCAACAGCUCAUCCAGGGUUUAGGACGAUGCGGGCAAAAAGUGGAAGUGGAUGUCGCGACAAGUCUGGAUCACCAGGCUACAAAUGAGGUUCACGGGACUGAGAAUCCACUCACCAAAAGACCUGCCAUUGAUACUUGGUACUGGCAGGAGUCCGCCAUGAAACAACACCUGAAUGACCUCAAAUCCAAGAUGAAGGCGGAUCAACCGGAGGAGCUCCGAAUCCAAAAAGUGACUCUGAGCGCCUGUCAGCAGGAGCUGGACAAGGUCUUAGAGGAGAUCUCCAGAAUGACCUCUCAGGAUAACAGAGGCCCGCUGGAGAACCUGUACGGGCUCAAGUUUCCAAACUGUGACAGAUACGGACUGUACAACCUGAAACAGUGCAACAUGUCCACCCACGGCCAGCGGGGCGAGUGCUGGUGUGUUAACCCCUUAACCGGGGUCCAGAUCCCAGCGACACCUAAAGUCAGAGGGGAUCCCAACUGUAACCAGUUCCAGGAGGAGCUCAGAGCGAUGCCUACCGCAACAGCGUCUCACUAG